UUCAUCUCAAUAUAUCUUUCCCAAGGGCUUCUCCCCUGGAAAAGAAGGCAAAACAAGAGAAAGAAACAAAAACUGGAUCUGGGAAUAAUCAGUUAAUCAGAUAUGGGUAGAGGCAAGAUUGAGAUCAAGAGAAUAGAGAACUCGAGCAACAGGCAAGUUACUUACUCGAAAAGAAGAAAUGGUCUCAUCAAGAAGGCUAAGGAGAUCAGCGUUCUUUGUGAUGCUCAAGUGUCUGUCAUCAUCUUCGCUAACUCUGGCAAGAUUCAUGAGUUUUGCAGCCCUUCUACCACAUUGGUGGACAUGUUGGAUCAGUACCAUAAGCUGUCUGGGAAGAGGCUCUGGGACGCGAAGCAUGAGCAUUUGGAGAAUGAGAUCAGCGGAGUGAAGAAGGAGAAUGAUCUCAUGCAGAUUGAACUCAGGCACCUGAAAGGAGAGGAUAUCUCCACACUGACUUACAAAGAUCUCAUGGUGUUGGAGGAAGCCCUUGAAAAUGGGGUUUCAGCUCUCAAAGCCAAACAGAUGGAGUUCGUGCGGAUGAUGAGGAAGCAUAAUGAAAUGGUGGAGGAGGAGAAUCAGAACCUCCAAUUCAAGCUGAAGCAACUGCAUCUGGAAACCAUGGACGAUAAUGUGAUGGGGACAAGCACCCAUCCCCACCAUCAGGGCGUGUAUGAUCAUCACCAUGGAGCUGCUGCUGCUACUGCUGGGGAUUACGAAGCCCAGAUGCAUCAUCCUUUUGCAUUUCGUGUCCAGCCAAUGCAGCCUAACUUGCAGGAGCGAUUCUGAUAUAUAAUUAUAUAUAUAUAUACAUAAAUCUGAAUGCAGAUAAUGGGAAGUUAUCUUUGAUCUAAUUAGUUAGCUUCCAUUAUAUAUAUUUGAGGAAGACUGACCAAAUGCUUCAAAUUAAGCUUCAGACCAGUUAGUGUUUGUCUGUCUGGAAAUGUUCGACUAGAUCGAAACAAGUUUGGUUGUUCUAUCAUUUCAGUUUAGUACAAUUAUCUAUCAAUUAAUGUAUUGUCGAAUGUGGGCCGUAGCAAAUACAUUUGAUGUCCAUCAGAUCGGCCCAAAGGUUCUC